CUGGGCUGAUAUCUGAGCAGUGGCCGUAGAUGUUAAUGUUAUGGCAGUUUUACAGCACCCAAUGUAAAUGUUUGAGAAAAACAGAUGACACGUGGAGUCCUGACUAAACUAGUUUGGAUAUCACUUUGACAUACGAGGACAAAAAUCUCCAAGCUUUCCUGCUUCAGCAGCUAACAAUGGCGUUCGCUGCCCUGCGCUGGGUGGUACUGGUGGUCUUCAUUGCUCUGACCAUUUGUGGAAACGUACUGGUUUGUCUGGCUGUAGCCACCAGUCGGCGUCUGCACCAGAUUAGUAGCUGUUUUAUACUAUCACUGGCUGUGACAGACUUGCUGCUGGGUUUGCUGGUAAUGCCGCUCUCUGCCAUGCUGGAAUUACGCAAUGGGAGAUGGCCUCUCGGAGGUGUUUUUUGCAACAUCUACAUCUCUUUGGAUGUGAUGCUCUGCAGUGCUUCAAUCCUCACUCUACUAGCCAUUAGUGUUGAUCGCUAUCUUGCAAUUACCAGCCCGCUCUGCUAUCCCAGGAGGGUCACACCUAGACGGGUGGCGAUCACUCUGACUGCAAUCUGGACGUGCUCUCUGGCUGCGUCCUUUGUGUCUAUCAACCUAGGCUGGAACACACCUAACUUCAGAGUGCAAAACCUGGACUGGGUCAUGUGGGAUGAAGGAGAGGAAGGCAGGACUUGCCGCUAUGAAUGGAAUAAUAAGUAUGUGCUUCUGAAAGCAUUUGGAAUCUUCUAUCUCCCUCUGCUGGUCAUGUGUGGAAUGUACCAUCGUAUAUUUUGUGUUGCACGUGAGCAGGUGCGUCGUAUACGGGCAACCACUCCAUCCUUUGCUCAGGCUGCCAAUGCAGUUGCCACUGCGCGGGAACACAAAGCCACAGUGACUCUGGCUGCAGUGCUUGGUGCUUUUGUCAUUUGCUGGUUCCCCUAUUUUACCUACUUCACAUACAUGGGAAUGUGGGCAGAGACCCAUCCGAACAAAUUGACUCACUCUAUCGUUCUUUGGUUGGGAUACCUCAACUCUGCACUGAACCCCAUUCUCUACCCAGCCUUGAACCGAGAUUUCCGUCGGGCAUGCGCACAGCUGCUCUGCUGUAGACGCAGCUAUCAGGGGGAUUUGCCUUUUGUUCAGCCCUUCUAAAAGAAACAGACUCAUAGCUAUACAACGAAAACAUGCAUUGGAGACCAGGACUCGUUUCACACUUCCAGAGAUUAACUGCAGUGAAUGGAGUAUCCUAACAUUAAGUAUGCUAGAAUCCCAAAAUGAAGAUAAGACUGGCCUGCAAUGACUCUUGAAUUAUAUUACCAGAUUCAACAAUUUACAAACGCUGACAUAGAUAUUC